GAGGUCUUUAUACAAGCUUGGGUCUUCUCUCUCUCUCCCUUUCUCUCUCUCUCUCUCUGUCUUUUACUCACAAACUCAAACUCUGGACUUUAGUCAGGCUUGUUAUGAGUGAAGAGAAGCGGCAGCGGGCCUCGUAGCGGGCUGGAUCUUCACAGGAAGAGGUUGGAUUGGUUGUGUUUCGGACUGGGGUGCGCUCACACACCCCUCGGGAGACAUUUGUUUAUGUGUGCGUGUGUUCUGUGUGUGAAUGUUCAGACACGUUGCCAAUUACUUUAUUACAUUUGCAGUAGAGGGAGAAGCCCUAAAAAGGGAAUUAUGUCUUCAGUCAGGGUCGGAGUUAAGCAUUAACCUCUCUUUACACUACCAAUACAACCCUGGCCUGUGCCUGGGUGUGUGUGUAUGCGUGUGUGUGUGUGUGUGAGGAGACCUCUUGUCCAUUAAAGAGCUUCAAAGCUCAAAGCCCUGCUGAGUCACGUCCUGCGAUUGUCUCGGUGUAUGUGAGCAAAUUGUAUCUGCGGAGUGUGUUUGUGUGUUCUGCUGUUGACGGAGUGGAGCAAUUCAGAAGACUCAACCAAUAGUGUCCCAUCUUCUGAUUGGAGGGGAACCUCUGGAGCGUGUGCUUGUUUUCUACUGUUGUUGGAGCAGAAAGGCCAGAGAGACUAGCCUUGAUCGGAGCUGAGCCUGUGGAGUGUGAGGAGUGUGUGUGUUAUUGUCCUGUCGUGUCUUCCUGACCAGAGCUGACUCCGGGGACACAAUGACUACUGAAGCUCUGGAGAAGUACUGUGGAUCCAUCUUCUGGAACUCGUCGUUCCUGCAGCGUGAGGACCCAGACCUGCCAGUGUGUGUGGAGCAGACCGUGUUGGUGUGGGCUCCGCUGGGCUUCCUGUGGCUCUGUGCCCCCUGGCACAUAGCAGUGCUCUGCAGGAAGGCCACCCCCACUAAACACCUGUCCAAACUAUACCUCUGUAAACAGAUUGUGGUUGGCCUGUUGUUCCUGACCGCCAUAGCAGGUCUAGCUGUGACGUUAGGAGAGGACUAUGGUCCAACCAGAGACACCACUGCGACAGAGAAAAACCCUUGGGUUUUCUAUGCCAACCCCAUUCUGUUCGCUGUCUCAUGGAUUCUGCUGGUACUCAGUCAGGAGGGAGUGAGGAGGAGAGAGGGAGCGGUGGACUCUACUACUCUGUUCCUCUUCUGGCUGAUCCUGGUGGUCUGUGAUGUCUUCCCCUUCCAGACCCUGCUACGAGAGGCCCUCAGAAUGGGAGAGAUCCCAGACCUUCCUCGUUUCUGUCUCUUCUACAUCUCCUUCGGGCUGGAGUUGAUCGCCCUCAUCCUGUCUGCCUUCGCAGAUGUCCCCCGGGAAGCAGAGGAUCUAGUCAAAAAGAACCCAGAGGUUGGAGCCGCAUUUCUCAGCAGAAUCACUUUCAAUUGGUUCAACAGCAUGGUGCUAAAUGGUUUCAAGCGCCCUCUGGUCCAGAAGGACCUGUGGGAGCUAAGUGAGGCAGAGAGUACUCUCCAGAUCAGUCAGCGUUUCCUGCAGACCAUGCAGACAGAGCUGAAAGCAGCCAGAACCAGACUUCAGACCAAAAUGAGGAAGAGAGGGGAGGAGAAGGCAAGCAAAGGCCAGGGAGAGGGCCUCCAAAACGGGCAUCAGAAUAGGCUGGGGAAGGGGGUCAGCCAGGAUGUGCUGAUGAUGGAGGAAAAGGGGGAUGAAAAGGAGAAGAAGGAGGAGAAGAAGAAGAAGAAGAAAGAAGAGAAGGAAUACUACCCCAAGUCGUGGCUCAUCCCCACCAUCGCUACCACAUUUAAAGGGGUCCUGUGGGAAUCAGCUAUCUUCAAGCUCAUAACGGACCUCCUAUCCUUUGCCAGUCCACAGAUCCUCAAGUUGAUGAUAUCCUUCACUAUGGACAAAUCCAUCUACACGUGGACAGGGUACAUGUAUGCAGUGCUGCUUAUCCUGGUGGCCAUCUUUCAGUCUCUGUUCCUGCAGCAGUACUUCCAACGCUGCUUCGUUCUGGGGAUGAAAGUCAAAACAGCCAUCAUGGUUGCUGUGUACAAGAAGGCUCUGGUCGUAUCGAACGACGCCCGCAAGGAGUCGACGGUCGGGGAGACGGUGAACCUGAUGUCAGCCGACGCUCAUCGAUUCAACGAUGUCGUUAACUUCAUCCACCUGCUGUGGUCGUGCCCACUGCAGAUAGCGCUCGCUAUCGCCUUCCUAUGGAUAGAACUUGGGCCUGCUGUACUGGCUGGAUUGGCUGUCAUGGUCCUCAUGGUGCCCAUCAAUGGUCUGCUGGCCAACAUGUCCAAGAACGUUCAGAUUGAGAACAUGAGGUACAAAGACAAACGGAUGAAAAUCGUGAACGAGAUGCUGAAUGGCAUCAAGAUCCUGAAGCUAUAUGCAUGGGAACCAUCAUUCCAGAACCAGGUGAUGGGAAUCAGAGAACAAGAGCUGGUGGUCAUGAGGAAGUUUGCCUACCUCUCCUCCGUCUCCACCUUCGUCUUCUCCUGCGCCCCCGCCCUGGUCUCCUUGGCAACCUUUGCAGUGUUUGUAGCAGUGGACUCAGAGAACGUUCUGGAUGCAGGGAAAGCCUUCACCUCCAUCUCUCUUUUCAACAUCCUGCGCUUCCCUCUGGCCUUCCUGCCCAUGCUCAUAGCUGCAAUGGUGCAGACCAGUGUUUCUAAGAAGCGUCUGGAAAAGUUCCUGGGAGGAGACGACCUGGACACCAACAUCGUGCGUCACGACCCCAGCUUCAACACAGCCGUGAGUGUCUGUAAUGGAACCUUUGCUUGGGAGAAACACGCUGAACCUGUUCUCAAAAAUGUGUCAUUGGAAAUUAAGCCCGGCAAGCUGGUAGCAGUGGUGGGAGUGGUGGGUUCUGGUAAAUCGUCUCUGAUAUCAGCAAUGCUGGGAGAGAUGCACAGCUCAAAGGGCUUCAUCAAUGUACAGGGGUCGGUAGCCUUCGUGCCCCAACAGGCCUGGAUCCAGAAUGCCACUCUCAGGGACAACAUCCUGUUUGGCUACCCACUGGAGGACUCUCGUUUCCAGGCUACGCUGGAGGCCUGCGCCCUGGGGCCCGACCUGGAGCUGCUGCCUGGGGGAGACCAGACUGAGAUCGGGGAGAAGGGUAUAAACCUGUCCGGGGGUCAGAAGCAGCGUGUGAGCCUGGCCAGGGCGGCCUACAGCCAGGCUGAUGUUUACCUGCUGGAUGACCCUCUCUCAGCUGUAGACUCUCAUGUGGGCAAACAUCUGUUUGAGGAGGUGGUGGGACCUAAAGGCAUACUCAAAGAUAAGACCCGUAUCUUGGUGACCCAUGGGGUGAGUUUCCUGCCCUACGUGGACGAGAUUGUUGUACUGAAAGAGGGAUGUGUUUCUGAGGUCGGGUCAUACCAAAGUCUCAAGGACAGCAAGGGGGCUUUCUCUGAGUUCCUGGACACCUAUGCUAAAGACGAGGGCAAGAAACACACUGAUCCAACCUCUGAUGGUGAGGAGGUGGGGCUAGUCCCUGAUUUACAGGAUCCUCAGGCCGACACCCCUCCUGAAGACAUCGUCUCAAUGACCCUGAGGAGAGAGAGCAGCAUCCGACGCAGCCAACGCAAUGGAAGUGUUAGGUUGAGAAAGAACAGUUCCCUAAAGAAACCGAAGCCACCUGCUGAUGACGAGACCAAGAAAGGCCAGAGGCUGAUCGAGAAGGAAACCAUGGAGACGGGACAGGUGAAGUUCUCGGUGUAUCUCCAGUACCUACGUGCAAUGGGCUGGGGCUACUCCACCAUGUUCUUCCUAGUGUACUUCAUCCAGAACGUUGCUUUCAUUGGUCAGAACCUCUGGCUGAGUGACUGGACCAAUGACGCGGAGGAUUACUACAAUAAGACCUACCCCAACUGGAAGAGGGACACUCGGAUUGGUGUAUUUGGUGCGCUAGGCGUGGCUCAAGGUGUAUUUGUAUUCAUGGGCACCCUGCUCCUGGCUAACGGCUCUAUCAAUGCGUCUCGUAUCCUUCACUCCCGGCUGCUCAACAACAUUCUACGUGUUCCCAUGAUGUUCUUUGACACUACCCCAUCCGGCAGGGUUGUCAACCGCUUUGCCAAGGACAUAUUCACAGUGGACGAGGCCAUCCCCCAAUCGUUUCGUUCGUGGAUCAUGUGUUUCCUGGGUGUGCUUGGAACACUGUUUGUCAUCUGCCUGGCCACACCCAUUUUCACCGCCAUCAUCAUCCCUCUGGCUGUGGUCUACUACUUCGUUCAGCGUUUCUACGUGGCAAGCUCACGGCAGCUGCGUCGUCUGGACUCUGUGUCUCGGUCUCCCAUCUAUUCUCACUUUGGAGAGACAGUGUCUGGUCUGUCGGUCAUCCGGGCCUAUGGACACCAGGACCGCUUCCUCAAACACAACGAGAAAAUAAUUGAUGAAAACCUCAAGUCGGUCUACCUGUGGAUAAUCUCGAACAGGUGGCUGGCCAUCCGUCUAGAGUUCCUUGGUAACCUGGUAGUGUUUUUCUCAGCUCUGCUUGCUGUCAUUGCCCGGGACUCUCUGGACAGUGGCCUGGUCGGCCUCUCCAUCUCCUAUGCCCUCAACGUGACCCAGACACUGAACUGGCUGGUGAGGAUGACAUCAGAACUGGAGACCAACAUAGUAGCUGUGGAGAGAGUCAGCGAGUACACGGAGAUGGAGAAUGAGGCGGACUGGGUGUCAGGGAUACGACCGCCAGAGAAGUGGCCUGAGGCUGGGAGGCUGAGGUUCGAAAACUUCAAGGUCCGCUACCGACCUGAACUGGAUUUGGUGCUGCACGGGAUCACCUGCGACAUCGACAGCACAGAGAAGAUCGGUAUAGUGGGUCGAACAGGUGCUGGGAAGUCCAGUCUGACCAACUGCCUGUUUAGAAUCAUUGAGGCAGCAGAGGGACGGAUCUUGAUCGAUGGGACAGACAUCGCUACUCUAGGCCUACAUGACCUCAGGACCAGACUGACUAUUAUACCACAGGACCCAGUGCUGUUCUCAGGGACGCUGCGUAUGAACCUAGACCCGUUUGAGACCUUCAGUGAUGAGGAGAUCUGGCGCGUCCUCGAGCUGUCCCAUUUGAAGGAGUACGUGGGGGGGUUACAGGAAGGACUGACCCACGAGGUGUCAGAGGGGGGAGAGAACCUCAGUAUUGGUCAGAGACAGUUGUUGUGUCUGGCCCGUGCCCUGCUGAGGAAGUCUCGUAUUCUGAUUCUGGACGAGGCUACAGCUGCUGUGGACCUAGAGACAGACAGCCUGAUCCAGAAAACCAUACGACGAGAGUUCUCCCAUUGCACUGUACUCACCAUCGCACACAGACUCCACAGCAUCCUGGACAGUAGCAGGGUGAUGGUGUUGGAUGCUGGGAAGAUCGUGGAGUUUGACUCUCCCAGCACUCUCUUCAACAAACAGGGUCACUUCUAUUCCAUGGCAAGGGAUGCUGGGAUCACUACAGUGGACAGCACUGCUCUGGACAGCACUGCAUUGGAUAGCACAGCUCUCUGAGACUUGGGACUUGUUGUACAGUUGGUCUCAGAGAGGGCAGAAUCAUGCCUUAACUGCAGAGGGGAUGCUAGUCCCUGGUGUUGAUUGUAAAAUAGAGAAUGAGUUCUCAAUAACUUACCGGAGGGGUAUAUUACAAAGCAGUAUCAACAAGUUAUCCGGGUAACUUUAUGAAGCUUAAGUUGAAUAUGGGCUAUUGAGAAAUAUUAUACCAUCUCAAAAAGACUACUUCUUUGUGAUAAAGAUGCAUGCCAAAUGUUA